AUGCCACCGCAACCACCUCAACAAUUUUCUACAAAAGUAUCUGAUAUAACUGACUUUUCAACCACAACCGAUGCCACCGCAACCACCUCAACAAUUGUGGGAACCGAUUCAACCAGUAUUCUCACCACUUCUUCCGAAAAAACUGCAUCAACAUCAAAUGCUGAAGCUUCGCCCCAUACCACUGAUAGUUCUACAAAAGCAUCUGAUAUAACUGACUUUUCAACCACAACCGAUGCCAUCGCAACCACCUCAACAAUUGUGGGAACCGAUUCAACCAGUAUUCCCACCACUUCUUCCGAAAAAACUGUCUCAACAUCAAAUGCUGAAGCUUCGCACCAUACCACUGAUAGUUCUACAAAAGUAUCUGGUAUAACUGACUUUUCAACCACAACCGAUGCCAUCGCAACCACCUCAACAAUUGUGGGAACCGAUUCAACCAGUAUUCCCACCACUUCUUCCGAAAAAACUGCAUCAACAUCAAAUGCUGAAGGUUCGCAACAUACCACUGACAGUUCUACAAAAGUAUCUGAUAUAACUGACUUUUCAACCACAACCGAUGCCAUCGCAACCACCUCAACAAUUGUGGGAACCGAUUCAACCAGUAUUCCCACCACUUCUUCCGAAAAAACUGUCUCAACAUCAAAUGCUGAAGCUUCGCACCAUACCACUGAUAGUUCUACAAAAGCAUCUGAUAUAACUGACUUUUCAACCACAACCGAUGCCAUCGCAACCACCUCAACAAUUGUGGGAACCGAUUCAGCCAGUAUUCCCACCACUUCUUCCGAAAAAACUGUCUCAACAUCAAAUGCUGAAGCUUCGCACCAUACCACUGAUAGUUCUACAAAAGCAUCUGAUAUAACUGACUUUUCAACCACAACCGAUGCCAUCGCAACCACCUCAACAAUUGUGGGAACCGAUUCAACCAGUAUUCCCACCACUUCUUCCGAAAAAACUGUCUCAACAUCAAAUGCUGAAGCUUCGCACCAUACCACUGAUAGUUCUACAAAAGUAUCUGAUAUAACUGACUUUUCAACCACAACCGAUGCCACCGCAACCACCUCAACAAUUGUGGGAACCGAUUCAACCAGUAUUCCCACCACUUCUUCCGAAAAAACUGCAUCAACAUCAAAUGCUGAAGCUUCGCACCAUACCACUGAUAGUUCUACAAAAGCAUCUGAUAUAACUGACUUUUCAACCACAACCGAUGCCAUCGCAACCACCUCAACAAUUGUGGGAACCGAUUCAACCAGUAUUCCCACCACUUCUUCCGAAAAAACUGUCUCAACAUCAAAUGCUGAAGCUUCGCACCAUACCACUUAUAGUUCUACAAAAGCAUCUGAUAUAACUGACUUUUCAACCACAACCGAUGCCAUCGCAACCACCUCAACAAUUGUGGGAACCGAUUCAACCAGUAUUCCCACCACUUCUUCCGAAAAAACUGCAUCAACAUCAAAUGCUGAAGCUUCGCACCAUACCACUGAUAGUUCUACAAAAGUAUCUGGUAUAACUGACUUUUCAACCACAACCGAUGCCACCGCAACCACCUCAACAAUUGUGGGAACCGAUUCAACCAGUAUUCCCACCACUUCUUCCGAAAAAACUGUCUCAACAUCAAAUGCUGAAGCUUCGCACCAUACCACUGAUAGUUCUACAAAAGCAUCUGAUAUAACUGACUUUUCAACCACAACCGAUGCCAUCGCAACCACCUCAACAAUUGUGGGAACCGAUUCAACCAGUAUUCCCACCACUUCUUCCGAAAAAACUGCAUCAACAUCAAAAGCUGUUGCUUCGCACCAUACCACUGAUAGUUCUACAAAAGUAUCUGAUAUAACUGACUUUUCAACCACAACCGAUGCCAUCGCAACCACCUCAACAAUUGUGGGAACCGAUUCAACCAGUAUUCCCACCACUUCUUCCGAAAAAACUGCAUCAACAUCAAAUGCUGAAGGUUCGCAACAUACCACUGACAGUUCUACAAAAGUAUCUGAUAUAACUGACUUUUCAACCACAACCGAUGCCAUCGCAACCACUUCAAUAACCAUGGGAAUCGAUUCAACAAGUAUUAUCUCCACUUCUUUCGGAGGAACUUCAUAUCAAUUGCAACCGAAUCCGACGCAACCACCUUCUUUGAGACCGAGUCUACGAGUAUUUCAGUUCUACUAAAUAUCUGAUAUAACUUCGAAAACCGAGCCAACAAGCAUUCCCACUACGUCUUCCGGGGAAACUCCAUCUAUAACGAAUUUUUAGUUCUACAGAUGCAUCUGGGAUAAAAUAUUUUUCAAGCACAAUCGAAUUCAAUGCAACCUGGCCAACCUUCUUUAGUACCGAAUAAACGAAUUAUCGCUCCACUUCUCCCUGUUCCUUAUGAAUUGAGCCAACAAAUAAUCUGUCCACUUAUUCAUUUUUGAUCCAUGUGGAGUUUUUCCAUGACUAAUUUCUUAGUUGGGUCGUUCGGGAAUAGCCAGUAAUAUUAAUUAGGUGAUAAGUGUAAAGUUUACGAUCUUAGUUAUCUCUUCCAUUUGUUGUUAUAGGCCAGUGAAGUCGCUCAGCAUGUUAUCUUUAUUGACGGAAGUAAUUUAUAAGUUUUUAAUCGAUCAUAUGGGGACUAUGGGGAAGCAACGACAACAGCAAUUUGUGAAUAGCGAGAUUGUAAGAGUACAUGUACCCGAAAGCGGUUAGUUAUAUAAAUUUAUAGGUUCGUAUGUUUGAAUGUGUAUGUAUGUAUUAAGAUAAAGAAAUUGCAAAAUC